AUGGCCACAACAGAGGGACCCGCCAGGGCGCAUGAUCGCAAUGGACGCCGUCAUCCCUUCUCCAGUUGGAUGAAGCGGCUUGCUAGUUUAAAACAUUCGACCGAUUCAGGUUCCAACCGUUGGUCUCACAAACGCCAUGCGACGCCGAAACACAAGAACCGCAAUUCGAAGAAUAACCCCUACCCACUUUCUGGAAAUAACACCGCUGCCAAUCCCUGUGGUGACAACAUCAGCGAUGCUACUGCAUCGGAUUUCAGCGCCGAAACUGACGGGCAAUCCGGCUCUGGAAGCGAGCCCUCUAUCACAUACUCCUGUUACGAGCACCAGGUUCCCGCCACCAGUGCUAAAUCUACGGCACCCACCAUCUCCACAAACGGUGACACAGCCAUAUCGGACGCAGCUUAUUCGAAGGCAGGUACAAUGGUCACGGCCGGAGGAGGGAUCAGUUCACACGGUGGGGGCGAAGGAAGCACCUUUUCAUCCCCAGCGCCAUCCGUCCGGUCUCUAACAACCACCUUGACCACGGUUCAAUCGGCAGCACCAUCGGGCCACCUCUACAAUCCGCAGAAUCACCACCAUGGUCUUGCUCACACCAACUCCUUGCAGAAUCAUGCGACGCAGCAGGUUCAAUUUUCUCAUCAAUUUCCCUCGUCGCCGGCCACGGCGGUCCCGCCCCACCUUACUCCUCACGGUCACUCGGUUACUUACAGCUCCGCGACGGCGAACAAUCUUCUCACCGACAAUGCAUCCAUACUUACACUGGCGUCUUCCUCCAAGCGACGGCGUCGUAACUCCUUAGAUACCAAUGCCUCGGUGCGCGCCUUGGCCCCGUCCUCAGUCUUUGGUGGUAGUCGGGAGAGUCUGCCUCUGAGUGUUCUCAGCGGUACUAUUGGAGAGCAGCCUUCCAAUACCUCCUCGCUCAAUGCUCCAGGCGUUCUUAAUCGUCCUAGCUUGGUCGGUCUUGCCAGCGUAGAGCGCGCCAGCGUCUACUCAGCCUCAAGCGCUACCCCGUUGGCUGGUGAGCGCGGCAAUUUUCACAAGGCCGCCACCACGGCCGGGGAUGCCGCGAGCACUAUGAGUGUGUCUCAUUCGCAUAGCCGUCACGAUAGUAACGCAGCCAGCGUGACCGGCGCUGGCCCCGGGAAUGCGUGGUCAGGGCCAUCCCAACAGCAGCAAGCGGCCGUAACGGGGCGCAUCAGCCGUCGCAGCUCAGGAUGGGGCGAAAUCAACGGCGACGAAAGCGACGAAGAGAAGCUUCCCGAACGGAAAGCAGGUGAAAGUGAGGAGGCUAUGGCAGAGUCCACAAUCAGAAAGUCAAGGCAGCAGCUUGAUGGGUUGCUGCUUGAGAAAUAG